UCAAAGAUAUGUGCCAUAACUUGUCGAUAACAAUGACAGUCAAUUGAAGCUUGAAGUAUUUCUGGCUCUUCCCUUGUUUGUCCGCAUCUCUACAAACCAAGUAGCCAUCGAUUUCUAUAUUUUACACUAGAGGCCAAAAUUUGAAGUUAAAGCAUUUCGUACUUCAAAGUGUCGUAAAGUAGCCCAGUUAUUUCGCAGCGAGCACUGUCGCACAUUUACAAAUAGUAACGUGACGACAACGAGCUCAUGAAUAUUCAAGUCAGUCGAUACUCGCCGCUUGGAUACUAACUAAGACGUGAACGCUGGUGCAGCUAUAAAUGUGAUCUCACUCGGGAGAGGCCCGUCCAUGCACCAUCCAUGGGGCUAACACCGCAGACACAAAUUAAUCCUAAGAGAGAAAUCGUGGCGUCUACAAAAGCUUACUUGCGCUGCCGGUUUUUGCGCCGCAACUAAACUAUGCCGACACAGAGGACAGCAAUCUUCGAACGGGCAGUGUGUAUUGUGACUUUACAAUGUAUACUGCUCAUUUGCGUACGAUUCUCCAUAUCUGAGAGUGUUACAAUUGGUUUAAUGGCUCCGUAUAACAUAUCGAGUAAUUCUAGCGUGGUUUCCGCGGAAUAUUAUAUUUCUGCGGCACUCUUGGCAAAGGAGAAAGUCCUAUCUUCUCAACUUCUGCCUGGUCGAAGUUUUGACUUUGUUUGGAAUGCUACAACAUGCAAUGAAGCAACGUCUCUACAAGUUUUUGCCUCCCAAUGGAAAUCUGGGGUGAAAGCUUUUAUUGGGCCUGGUUGUAGCUGCGAAACGCAAGCAAGAGUGGCCUCUGCGUUGAAUGUACCAUUAAUUUCUCAACUAUGUACAAAUGACGUCCUAUCUGACAAAAAGGAUUUCUCCACGUUUGCAAGGACGAUUCCCGCAAAUUCUCGCCUGGCCCCUCCCCUUCUCAAACUUCUACAACUUUACGACUGGGCCUGGAUUGGACUCGUUGUAGAGGAUUCACCGGAGUGGAGACAGAGAGCGCAGGCGAUGCAUACAUACCUCACAUUACACGGAGUAACAGUAGCCGUGCAGAAAACUAUCCAAUCAGCGUCACUCUACACGACAGCCAAUGAUGGGGCUGGGUUUGAGAAGGUCUUACGGAGCAUGCGCGAUGAUGUUAGAAUAUUUGUCUUUGCAAUGGACUACAGACUUGGCCGUGAGGGUGUGGCCUAUGCAAAGAGACUGGGUCUGCGCAUUACGGACUACGCCUUUAUACUAUUCGCUUUGGAUCAUGGGACUGUCUGGAACAACGUUGCUUCUCCAAGAAAAUGGUUCUGUGGGGAGUACCCUGGGGAUACCCAGGGCCAGUCUUUCGCUUCGGUUAUGGAGGCUGUUCUGUUGGUGUCUGUGAAUCCUAAUAGGACGUCGCAGUACGACCAGUUUGUUGCGAGCUUAAAGUCGCGAUCGAACGAGGCGCCUUUUUAUAGUACUGUAUAUGAAGGGGCGGGCUGGUCAAAAGAGCCACCUAUCCAAGGGGCGUAUUUAUAUGACGCGAUUGUUCAGUUUGCCAUCGCGGUCAACAGAAGUCUGGCAUCAGGAGCUAGCAUAUCUGAUGGGAAACUAGUCAUGUCUAAGCUGCACAAUACAUCAUACACCAGUAUCACAGGCUAUGAUCGCUAUAUCGAUUCUAAUGGCGAUGUUGACUUUGACCUUGUUUUGAUGGAUUACAGACAAACACCCACAGAGUCAUUUAUUGUCAUCGGGAGAUUUGGAGUAAACAGCCGGGGAGAUCACGUGAUUAAAAUGAACGGGACCGUGCGAUGGCCUGGGAACCAGCCGCCAAAAGAUAGACGAAAACGAGGUAAAAACAUCACCAUUGCUCUUCUCGUCCCAUACAACAUGACUGGUGGUUACGACGCAGCGAGCGGAGCUGCCGGAAAAUUCCACGCGGCCGCCAUUAGUGUGACUGUGGAUCGCAUCAACAACGAAAGUAAACUACUACCAGGGCAUCACCUAUCUUUUGUGUGGAGUGACACGAGGUGUGAUGAGCAACGCUCCAUUGACCAAAUGCUGGAGUUCAUCGAGAAAAGGGUGGAUGUGAUCAUGGGGCUCGCCUGUCAGUGCUCCAUACAAGCACGCAUUGCUGCCGCAGUAAAUCUCCCACUUAUUUCACAUUUAUGCAAAGAUGAGAAGGUCAGUAACAAAGCCUUGUACCCGACGUUCGCCCGGACCAUUCCAGCAGACGGGGCCAUCGGCCCUUCCGUCCAAGCCCUUCUGGACUUUUUCGGCUGGAACACCGUGGGGAUUAUUGUAGAGAAUUCACAGACAUUCAAGAGCAGGGGGGUAUUCCUUGAGAAGUUCCUUAUGCAGAAGGGCAAGAAUGUGACCUUUCGUGGAGACGCACCCAUGUCUGUGAUGUACGUCCCGCGUAAAUUCGAGACACAGAUGAAAAACACGCUGAUGGAGGCACAGCGCAAGGCACGUGGUAAGAAAUGCAAUAAUCUUACAUGGGGAGGAGGGGGUGGGUACGGAGAAUAUCUAUCAUCUGGUACGCUUAAGGUGAAGGCAGGGGCAGAGGGUGGGGGCCGGAGAUAA